AUGGCCAGGAUCAAGGUCUCGAGGCCAUUCAUUGAACAACACGGUUCUGGCGACACCAACGAGACUUCGCUCGUUCACACUGGACACCGCCAACCGCGACUCUCUUGGCGCUUCGAAGCUGCUGAUCCCACACUGAAAGGAUGGCAUCAAACUGGUUACAAGAUCAAACUCUCCGCAUGGGGCCAACCUCAUCAAGAGAUGUUUGUGGAGAGCUCCAAUUCUGUCCUGGUACCUUGGCCUGGAUAUCCACUGUCCUUGGUCAGCAGCUGCAGAGUCAAAGUUCGUGUUGAAGGUGAGGACGAGGACGGUAAUAUCGUAAACUCAUUCUGGUCUCAUGAAACUAUCGUCGAAUUUGUACCACCGCACGAUCUACUCACUGCGCGAUUUAUUGGCUCGUUUGAACCCCACGCUCAGUUUGAAGGACAGCUGCCAACAAGGCCUCUUCGCUUCCGGAAAUCCUUCAACGUGCCAGAAUAUGAUGGUAUUGUGGAUAAGGCAAAAUUGUACAUCACUGCGUAUGGCGUGUACCAGGUGUUUAUUAACGGUGAACGAGUUGGGAAUGAUGAAAUGGCACCUGGCUGGACUAGCUAUACACAUCGUCACCUCUAUCAAAUCCAUGACGUCCGAAAACUCUUGAGGCCAGGAAUCAAUGUGAUCGGUGUCGAAGUAGCUGAAGGGUGGUAUACUGGUCGACUUGGCUGGGCUGGACAACGUCAAUUUUAUGGCAAAGAGCUUGGGAUAUUUGCUCAGCUUGACGUGGUCGCGACAGAGAGGGACGGUGCUAUCACGAUCGCAACAGAUGAUACAUGGGAGUGUGGUCCAGGUCCCCUCAUCUCCAGUCAGAUAUACGAUGGUGAACUGUACGACGCCAGAGAAGAACAGAUUGGCUGGAACAACGACAGCGAUUUCCACGGAAUAGGCUGGAAGACCACACAGGUGCUGCCAUCCACCGGAGCCAACUUACUUUCAUCUGAAGUUCCUCCUGUCAGGGUGACUGAGCGCAUCAGACCUACACGAAUGUUCAACAGCAAAUCUGGCAAGACCUUGAUCGACUUUGGUCAAAACAUUGUUGGCAAGUUGCUUGUCAAGAAUCUUCGGAAACCAGCGGAUCAUGUUACAGUCUUCCAUCAUGCUGAGGUGAUUGAAGAUGAUGAGCUCGGGGUACGCCCUCUUCGAAGUGCUGCGGCUACAGAUACUAUCAUUUCGAAUGGAGAGGUGAUCGAGAACUGGACUCCACGAUACACUUUCCAUGGUUUUCGCUAUGUGGAAGUAGAGGGAUGGACUCCCUCAGAUGAACAAUGUCCGUUGGCAUUGAGUAGUAUCGAAGCGCUUGUCAUGCAUACAGACAUGGAGCGUACUGGCUGGUUCUCUUGCUCAGAUCCGCUCGUCAAUAAAUUGCAUGAGAAUACUGUCUGGAGUAUGCGAGGAAACUUCUUGUCGAUUCCGACGGAUUGUCCUCAACGAGACGAACGAUUAGGCUGGACUGGCGACAUACAGGUGUUUGGACCAUCCGCCUGUUUCCUUUUCAACACAGAUGCCAUGCUUAGUCAUUGGUUAGAGGACGUUGCUAGCGAGCAGGCAGAAAAGGACGGCAUACCGCCAUUCGUCGUACCCAAUAUCCUUGCUUCAGAUGAAGGAGACAAUUCAUGGGGUAAUUUUCCCCAAGCAGUGUGGGAUGAUGUGGUCAUUUUGCUGCCAUGGAAUCUCUAUCGUGCAUUCGGUGAUAUUGAGAUUCUCAAACGCCAAUAUCCAAGUAUGCAAAUGUGGCUCGAGAAAGGUGUCAGGAGAGGUACUGACGACCUUUGGCAUUCCUCCUUCCAUCAACUUGGCGAUUGGCUGGACCCAAGCGCACCACCGGACAGGCCAGGAGAAGCGAAAACGGACGGCACUUUUGUUGCAGAUGCUUAUCUUGUGCAUGUUACACAUCUCAUGAGUAUGAUCAGUGAUUGUAUUGGACGCAAGGGAGAAGCUGCCAGAUAUGCAAUCGAACACAAGAAUUUGAAGAAGGCUUUUGGCAGGAAAUAUAUCACAAUUGAAGGUCUCCCUAUCGCCGAUACUCAGACUGGUCUGGCCCUGGCAAUCAUUUUUGACCUCUUCAAAACUUCUGACCAAGCAAAGGUAGCAGCGGCUCGAUUGGAAAGAGCAGUCAGACUGGCAGACUUCAAAGUUGCGACCGGGUUCGUGGGAACACCAAUCGUCACACAUGCACUGUCUUCAGUCGGUCUGCAGAAUCUGGCUUAUCGCAUGUUGUUCGAGACCGAAUGCCCUUCCUGGCUCUAUCCGAUCACAAUGGGAGCUACUACCAUUUGGGAACGUUGGAACAGCAUGUUGCCAGAUGGCAGCAUCAAUCCGGGAGAAAUGACGAGCUUCAAUCACUACGCUCUGGGCUCAAUUGUGAACUGGCUACAUAGCGUUGUCGGUGGCAUUAGUCCACUUGAACCAGGCUGGAAGCGCUCUCUCGUCCGACCUGUACCUGGCGGCUCGCUCACACAUGCGGAGGUCAGACAUCUAACGCCCUAUGGAAUGAUGGAGUGCAAGUGGUCCAUCGAUGCCGGACGAUUUAAGCUCUGCCUGACAGUACCGCCGAACACAACCGCAAAAGUCGUCAUGCCUGACAAACAAGCAAGCAAAAUUUUCGGCGAGGAGGAAGAUGGUGUAGAAGUCGGGUCUGGUGUUUACGAAUUCUCAUGUGCCCAUCAAGCUGAGGAAUGGAAGCCCACGGCUAUGCCUAUUCCAUUCUAUACACUGGUUCAGAAGGAGCGGUGGUAG